UGGGCAGGCGCAGAUCCAAAGUGCUUGUUGGGGACUGCUCAUCACCGCUACCUCGCCUCACGUCGGCUCUGUCGGAUUCAUUAGAGGAGAAAUGGCUGCAGCUCUGUCCCGUGCCCUCAAGCUCCCCGGGAAGAAGGGCUCAGAGCUCGGGGAGUACGACCCUCUCACUCAAGCCGAUAGCGAAGACGAGAGCGAAGAGGACGACCUUGUGCUCAACUACCCCCGAAAUGGCCUCGGCAGGGACGGCUGCCUGGGCACAAGCUCCUCCAAGCUGCGCGGCGGCCGAUCUGGAAGACUUGUGGGCGCGGAGGACGAGGCGCAGGAGGACGAGGAGGACGAAGAGGAGGAUGAAUGGAGGGAGCGACUCCCCAGCAAAUCCAGGCAGGGUAGAGACGACAUGAAAGGAGUGCAGUACUGGAGCCACAGGGACUCGGGUGGUGAGAGAGGGGGCCCUGGUGCGCUCGGGGGUGCUGGGCUCGGGGUUCACAGUACUGAUGAAGAAAAGAGGAUGAGGGUGAAGAAUGCUGUCCGAAGUGCUUUUUUCCUGGUGCCGCUGGUGUGUGCCACAUUGGUCGUGCUGCUGUGUGCAUUCCUGAUUCCAUGCCAAAAGGGAGAACUGGAAAAGAGGCCGCUAUGGGAGAGAGCCCUGGGAGAUGCAGAAGAUGUCACGCCACCCGCACUGGCACUGUGGGAUGUUGAUGGUGAUUCAGUGGAGGAUGUGUUCCUGGGUGAUACUGAGUGGACCAAUGACACCCACGGCAAAAAAGGCAACAAAAUUUACAGUGUGGUGGCCCUGUCUGCUGUCAGCGGUCAGGUGCUGUGGAGGAAAGUCAUGCAGGAGACUGUGAUGUACAUCCAGUGUGGUCUGCAGUACAGCACCCAGCCAUCGCCCGUGUGUCUCCUCAUUGGCAAAUCCUUCAUCACGACUGUCAGCGCCCCCACAGGAAAGAAGUUGUGGUCGUUAUCGCUUAAGAACAUUGAAUCCCAGGCGGUGCUACUUCCAGACCUCCAGGGCGACUCAGACCCAGAUCUGCUUGUAGCCACCCUGCCAGCAGAUGAAGCUUUGGAUCUCGCUCUGACUCUGAUCUCUGGACGGACUGGAGCGUUGCUCGGACAUCCUGUGCCUUUCAACCUCACUGGUCAAGGGAAGCUGAUUGGUCCUUUGCUGCAUGAAACACAGCGAGGAGCAUACUACAUCAUGUUUGGACUAGGUAACGUGAAGGCCAUCUCUCUGCAAGACAUCUACUUUCGCGCCAGUGGCAAAAUGCCCCUAACUCAGACGCUUAGAAGGAAGGACCCGGGGUGGGAGGGGCUCAAGAAGGACAAUUUCUCCUCCGUCAUACAGAUUUACAGCCCUCAUGACCAUGACCGGGCAGAGUUCCUGCUCCCUCUUAUGGAUAGUUAUGGCAACAACCACAACAGUCUGGACUCGGCUUCUAACCUGAACUCCAGCAGAAGUGACUGGGUGCUGCUGUACGGAAACAGCACACUGUCACUGCUCAGGCAGAGGGAUUUACGAAAGGAAUGGACCUUCAAAACAUCUCCCAUUCACAGUCAACCAGCAGCGGGAUACUUCAAUAACGAUGGGAUCCUCGACCUUUUCAUUCAGCAUUCAUCAAAUGGCAUCAUGAAGGCAUUUAUCAUAGAUGGGGCCAACGGGAACCUUCUCUGGACAAACGAUUUCGUGUGUCCUGGUCUUGUUUUAGAAACAUCUGCAAUCUCCACAUCUGCUGGCCAAUCCACUUUCCUGUUCUGGGCCAGCGAGCCAAUCAAAGCACAGAGAAAUGUUACCAAGACAACUGUGUCACCGGUUGUUGCUGCAGCACAGCCGCUCAUUCGAAAACUUUUCCUGCUGCAUCCUGCAUAUCCCACAGUCCUGCUGGAGCUCAGCAGUACCACCGACACAGCAGUCACAUCUGCAGUGAGCUACCAGGAACAUCAGAAAGACGCCACCUACAUCACUGUGUCCUCCAGGCCCACGCCCAACUCUCAGCCCAGCGCUCGCAUAGUCAAGAGCAUGAGCCUGAGAGCCGCUAUCACCAAAGGACAAAUUGUACGGCUAGGAGAAGGCAGCAAGACUGGGGGACCCCUUAAACCUGGUGCAUUUGAGGUCAGCAAGUUCUUCAGGCGUCUGACCUUCAGACAUCAGUGAGAGGCCACGGCUGGCAGCACGCCCUGCGUCACAAGAAGCGGUACAGCUGCAAGGACUCGUGCAGGGAUGAAAGGGAUGAUUCUGCAAUAAGGAGACACUAACGGCACAUCCACGAAGCUGUUUUUGUCGCAUUUGUUUCACUAAGUCCAAUUUCAUUUCUGUUACUUGAGAAAGACAUUUGUGUUUGUUUUGGUUUCUGCUGUGUUUGUACAUUGAAAAUCCUCAUUUAAAUUAUUUAACUCACAUUUUAGGAAGUCUGUGAUAUUGACUCGACAACAGCAGAGUAACUUUAAACUUGUGUCUGUUACAGUGAAACACAAUAAUGCUGAUCAGUGCAUUUACAGCAUGCAUCACUUGUAACUCUUAACAAGGCCAGUAUCUACUAUGUGCUGUAGUCCACUAUUUAAAUGCAUUUUGUCAAUGACUGGUGUUCUUUUGCUUAUCAAUGAGUUAGUUAGUAUAAGGAGUCUGUAAAUAUUUAAUGCUGUACAGUAUUUAUUGAUUUUGCUUUUGGUUUUUUUCCUCGUCUGAAAUUUUUAAGGCUGUACAAUGAACCACUGUUUGCUGAGGGUUUAAAUGUAAACUGCAACUCGACAUAUAGCAAGCGAAAGUAAAACGCAAUGUGCA